GUCUGCUGCUCUCACAUCAUUUUAACAGCAAGGAAGUCUAGCUUAUAGGCAGAGGGAGAGAAAAGCGUGUUUAGAAGUGGGGAAAAGCUAGAGCUGUAUUAGGAAAUAUUUCACAAGCCAGGACUGGAGGAGAAGAGCAUUAUGAAGCUGUUAUGCCUGUUGCUGGUACUAGCCAGUUCCAUUGCUGCUGUCCAUCUGGAAACCUCAGGCAGAGAUGAGUACCCUACCCUGCCUUCCCACGUCUUCAUCACAGCGCCGAGUGCAACUGAGGCAAAGUCUCGCUUUGCCAUGCUGGAUGAUGUUCGCCUACUAGCAAACGGCCUCCUCCAGCUAGGACAGAGUUUACGGGAGUUUGUCCACAAGACCAAGGCCCAAAUCAACGACAUCUUCCAAAAGCUGAACAUUUUCGACCGGUCUUUUUACCAGCUCUCGGUGGUCACCUCGGAGAUCAAGGAGGAAGAAGAAGAGCUCAAAAAGACCACCAAUUUCUUGAAAGCCAACAAUGAGGAAAUCAGGAACUUGUCACUGGAAAUCAACUCUAAGAUCAACAAUAUUCUGCAGGAGCGUACACUUCUGCUGAGCAAGGUGGGGAGCCUUGAGGAGAGGCUGAAGGGAUUGUCACAGAGCAUGAUCCCUGCUGACCAGAUAAGUGAGAUCACAACUCUUAAGGAAGUAAUUGAAGCACAAGAAAAAACAAUCACUAAUCUUCUGAAAGCUGUGAACGAGCAGCACGAUCAGCUUGACCACCAGAAAACCAAGAUUAAAAACCUGGAGGAAAAGCUCAGCUUUGACAGUUUUCAAGAUACAGUCGAUAAGUCAAUGGAUUCAGACCAUGCGGCUCCUGAUAUGUUUGAAUAUCUGACGGGAAACUCAACUGGCCUGGACAAUGACUUCCCUGUAGACUGCAGUGAGCUGUAUAACAAGGGGGAGCCAAACAGUGGAAUCUAUGUUAUCAAACCAAACCAAUCGGAGCCAUUCAAUGUUUACUGCGAAAUGGGAUCAGAUGGAGGUUCAACUGUCAUCCAACGCAGGGUUGAUGGUUCAGCGGAUUUUGACCAGACAUGGGAAAAGUAUGAAAAAGGUUUUGGAGACUUGGAAAAGGACUUCUGGCUGGGCCUGAAGAAGAUUCACAGCAUUACACAACAGGGAGUUUACAUCUUGCGUGUUGAUCUGGAGGACUGGAAGGAGGAGAAGCACUGGGCAGAGUAUUGCUUCUCACUGGAAGGCCCCUCCAAGGACUACACCCUUCAUGUCAGCCACCCCUCAGGUGACCUGCCUGAUGCCAUGGCCAAUAGCACCGGCAUGAGAUUCGCCACAAAAGACAGAAAAAAGGACAACCACCAAAAUUCCAACUGCGCUCGCAAUUACACAGGUGGCUGGUGGUUCAAUGCCUGUGGCGACACAAACCUUAAUGGAAGGUACCUGUGGGUGAGGGCAAAGGGACGCUCUGUGAGGAGGAAGGGCAUUCACUGGAAGCCUGGCACAGGGUCCUCGCACUCCCUCAAGAUGACCAAAAUCACCAUACGACAGGCUCCCACUGCUGAUUGCUUCAACUGAGCAGGCCACAGCUUCUCAUACAAUGCUACUGGCAUUUUUCACAUACAUUAGUAUAUGUAAUGUUCAGUCAAAAGGUUCUGCAUUAGGGGGGUGUGGCUUUACAUAAACACAAGUUAACUGCAGUAUUAAGCUGACUGCUUCGCAUUACCAUUUUGUCAGAGACUAAUACUGACCAACAGAAAGCAGGUCAAAAAUGUCAGAAGUCAGAAAAUGCUUAACUGUCACAAUGAUGCAACCAUGACAUGUAGGUUGUUAACCUAUUGGGUCUGACCCAGCAAGAGCAGUAGAGCUGGCAUUAUGCAACAUGUGCAGUCACUUGCAAAACAGACAUAUUGAUCCAUACCAGUAAACCGACUCAGUGCUGCCUGUAAAAUGCCACAGUGUUACAGUAGGAUGAAAAAAUAUGAAGAAAUUAUAAUUCUAAAAUUGACAUGUUUAACUAUCGUUUUGUUGAAUUUACAUGUAUUUGAGUGCUUGUUUGUAAAGUGUAUUUUAUCUUUGCAAUGUGAAACUGUACUGCACGUCCCCUGGAGCUACAAACACAAAUACCAACAGGUUGUUAUGUAAAGCAUGUAAAUUAUAUAAGUCAACUGCAUCUACAGUAUCUGAAAAAGUGCCCAUGCUGGUGAUUAUCUUCUUGCCCAGUUUCAUCGGAAAACAAAGAAUCUUCAAAGUGGACACAACAUCAAAAGCCCAAUUUAGUAGAAGAUACUGUCUGCUGUUGUAGAUGAAGAUACCAUAUUUUCUCAAAUAGCGAGUGGGGCCUUUAUUUACCUCAACAGCAGAAGGUCAAAGGCCUUUAUUUGAAGCAGUCUUGUAUUCGAGGCAGAUGUUUGUGUCUAAUUCCUCUGUUUAAGAAGUAUAGUUUAGUUUAGUAAUUAGCUACCAUGUCAUUUGUUAAAGUUACCUCAAUACGUUUCUAAUACAAAUUGGAAAUCAUGUAUAACUUCAAAUUAAAAGCCCUCUAGAGUUUUGGUGAAAGGAAACUCUUCAAUCAUUACAGGGCUUUUAUUAAGAAACAUUUGCAUAGCAUAUAGAGCAGCCAGUUGCAAGUGAAGGACAACAAAGCAACUUAAACUGACUACCGUUAUUACUUGAGGAAAUAUGGUACAAAGCUUUAGCAGCGCACUGAUGAAGUUUUUCUCUUGUCCGUUCUAUGUUUUUAUAUUCUGUAAAGUAUUUAAGCCAUGUUCAUGCUAUUAUAUGAUUAUGCUGGUAUUGUUAGAAGAACGUCAUUUCUGUGUUAUUGAGUCAUAUUGACUCCUGUCCAUUAUUACAACACAACUAAUUGUACUGUAAAUGUGCCUCAUACUAACACCCUGACAAGAGCUAUGUACGCUAACUAAUCAUAUUUAUGAAAACAAAAUAAACAAAUCUGUCCAAUUAA